UCUCUCUCGUCGACAGUUCCGAUCGGGGAACUUUUCCAGUCAUUUCUUUGCCUCGUCGCAUAUCAUUUUCAAUCCGUCGAAGGUUUCAAUUGGUUAAUUGCAUGCGUUCCACUUCCCCGAUCUGACUCUCCUGAGUGAAGCACCGGGUUCUGCAGAUGGGUUCCGUGGGCUAAUGAUAGUGGAAUUGUUUCAGUUACUUCGUAAUGGUUCUUGCGGGUACUUUCUCCCUUUAUGUUAGCUAUGUCAGCAUUUGAUUUAGAUCGAAAAACUCCCAGUUUCUGCCGAAAAGGAAUUAGAUUUCCGUGUCUUCAGAUGAGUUUGAUGCACUUGUUGAGGUGGCUUGGAAAACAUGAAGCAGCUUGUCUGCCAAUACUUUGGGCCAUGGGAGUUCUAUAAAUAGAAAGUUCACAGUCGUUGUUGGAGAGGAUCGAGGAGUUUUUGUUGAAUCUUGGUAAUGUGAAUGGCUUUGGUGGCUCGGGCAUGAUAUAAGAAAUAUUCAUAUUAGCAUAAAAGGAAAGAAGAGUUGACUGGGAAGAUGGGUGGUGUUUGUUCUUGUUUCCGGGUCGAGGAUUUUGAAGAGUACAUUAAUCCGAGCAGCUCUGUAUAUAGGAACUGCCCAUGCUUGAGGUGCCUUGCUCAUAAUUUUCUAAACGUGUACAUCUCUUUAUUCAGACGAGGGGAAACCCGUUCACUCCCGUCCUCCCUUCAAUCUCCGGCAUCAAUAACUUCCUCUGCUUCACAUGACAACUUUCUGUCCGAUGCAUUCCGUUCUACCCCAAGGCCUCUGCCUUACGAUGCUGAUCCUAGGUACUUUCGAUCACCACGUGAUUCACUUGUCUCAAGACGUGAGAAGGGUUCAAAUCAUUCCCAUGAAGAAUCUGAACCCUUGAGAAGCAAUAACAGUGUGGAUUCUGAAUCUUUUGGCGGGGGAGGGGGCAAACGGGCUAGUCAGUCUGUUCUUGAAGACGGUUCCAAAGAAGAGUACUCUAAAUCCACGUUGAGGAUCUUGCAAUCAAAGACGAAGGCUGGUACUGAGAGCAUGUAUAUAUUGUCUGAAGAUGAAGAUGUCUGCCCGACAUGUCUUGAAGAAUAUACUUUGGAGAACCCCAAGAUUGUUACUAAGUGUUCUCAUCAUUUCCACCUCGGCUGCAUUUACGAGUGGAUGGAGAGAAGUGAAAACUGUCCUGUUUGUGGAAAGGUGAUGGAAUUCAACGAAACACCAUGAUCAUCGGCGAGGAGAUGAAGCAGGGAUGCGUAGAUUGCUUUAUGUUUGUGAAUAUUGUUCUUUUCUAAUGGUAAAUAUGAAUAUAUAUAUAUAUACAUAUACAUAUAUAUAUUCCUGCACAGUUACCUUAUGAGGAACCCCAAUAAACAAGAAACACAAGAGGAACCCAGAAGAACACUGUGUAUUUGUUGCAGUGCUGCUUGUGGUAAUUCUAUGUGGAUGGUGUUUCUAAUACAUGCCUUUGUUACAUCACUGGCAUUGGAUGAAUUAGCUCAUGUGUUUCAUGUGACAGCUUGUGAUAUAUUAUUGCUGGGCUUGGCUUUGUUAGUAUAGUAUGAUCUGAAGUUGGUGGUCGAAA